CUCCCUUUACGCGACAGAAAAUCACCUUUUUGCAAAGGACUGGGAAGCGGGGAGAGGCAUCCGAGGUGCGAGUUGAAUCCAGAUUUACGCACUUUCUAGCAGCAAGGAUAGAAAACCCCUUUGUUUUAAAACUGCAACCUAUGCCACGCAAUCCUACGCCUGUCUACUCGGAAGUAAAGUCCCACUAAAUUGUGGGACUUAUUCCCAGGUAAGUGCCGGAAGAGGAUUGCUGCUGCUGCUGCUGCAGCCUUUCAUCUGAUUUCCUUCCCGCCCAAGUCCCGUCUGAGACGCAGCUUUAGCUAAGAGGUAGAACUGGUUUAAACGUGGCCGAUUCUUUUUAAAACGAGGCGAGAAGGGAAAAGGCAAAGGAGAAAACCAGCUGCUGUCGCCGCCGCUUCCCCUUUAAGGAUCGGAGCUGCAAAUCCGGCUCCUCCCUCCCCAAAGAGAUCGAACUGCCUGAAGUCUACUGAUGGCUCUAACCGGGAACUUUCGGGUCGUGCAUCACGAAGGACAGCGUUUCCUCUGCUUUUACAGUGAAAACAGCGUCCCCAAGCUCCAUGUCACAAAUGUUUGUGAGUUCUGGAGCUGCGAUGUUGCUUUGGACAAGCUGGACAGACAGGUAUCUCGGGAUGGGCUGAAUUCUUCAUCCGAUGACUGCAUUGCUAAACUCAGAGAAGCCUUUGAGUACCAGACUCCUACCCUCACCAUACAUAACAGCAAGGCCAUCUUGCAGUUCCAUGAUGACGGACAAACUUUGACAUUUGACUUGUUUAAAGUACCUCUCUCUGAAGCAAGGGAUCAAGCCCGGGAUCUGGUUUUUGGCUUAGUGGAGCGGGUGCAGACGCUGGAAAAACAUCUCAAAGAGGGUGCUUUGGCCACUGCUGCUCCUUUGUCCAUUGAUAGCCCUGAGAAGAACAUGCUGAAAAGCCAGUCUCUCUUCGCUCCAGAAUUGAGUCCACCCAAAGUCUGGGGUAGAGCUGGCCCAGGGCAAGCAGCAAGUAAAAAGAGGAUGCCUGGAGAGUCCCUCAUUAACCCUGGAUUCAAAAGUAAAAAGCUACCAGCAGGGGUCGAUUUUGAAGAAGUCUGAGUAUGCCCUACAUCAGCCAAGACAAAUUUGCAAGGCCACAUCACAGAUGUUUUAACAAGAUAUUUUAAAG